AGCACCGGAGAGCCCCCUCUCACUGCCCCCUCCCCUUCCUAAGGAAAAGGCCUGGGCUCUGCUCAGAGUGCCAGAGCGGAGGCGAGGCUGACAUGGGCAAUUUGAAGAGUGUGGGCCAGGAGCCGGGGCCUCCCUGCGGCCUGGGGCUGGGGCUGGGCCUGGGCCUGUGCGGCAAGCAGGGCCCAGCCUCCCCAACAGCAGAGCCCGGCAGGGCACCGGCACCCGCACCCCCACCCCCACCCGCGCCAGACCGCAGCAGUCCUCCGCUCACCAAGCCCCCGGAGGGGCCCAAGUUCCCUCGUGUGAAGAACUGGGAGGUGGGGAGCAUCACUUACGACACCCUGAGUGCCCAGGCACAGCAGGAGGGGCCCUGCACCCCUAGACGCUGCCUGGGCUCCCUGGUUUUUCCACGGAAACUGCAGAGCCGGCCCUCCCAGGACCCACCACCCACUGAGCAGCUGCUGAGCCAGGCCAGGGACUUCAUCAACCAGUACUACAGCUCCAUCAAGAGGAGUGGCUCCCAGGCCCAUGAGCAGAGGCUUCAGGAGGUGGAAGCCGAGAUAGCAGCCGCAGGCACAUACCAGCUUCGGGAGAGCGAGCUGGUGUUCGGGGCUAAGCAGGCUUGGAGAAAUGCACCCCGCUGCGUGGGCCGGAUCCAGUGGGGGAAGCUGCAGGUGUUUGAUGCCCGGGAUUGCAACUCUGCCCAGGAGAUGUUCACCUACAUCUGCAACCACAUCAAGUACGCCACCAACCGGGGCAACCUCCGCUCGGCCAUCACAGUGUUCCCCCAGCGCGCCCCAGGCCGCGGAGACUUCCGAAUCUGGAACAGCCAACUGGUGCGCUACGCGGGGUACAGGCAGCAGGAUGGCUCCGUGCGGGGGGACCCAGCCAACGUGGAGAUCACUGAGCUCUGCAUCCAGCACGGCUGGACCCCAGGAAAUGGCCGCUUUGACGUACUGCCCCUACUGCUCCAGGCCCCAGAUGAGCCCCCGGAACUCUUUGCCCUGCCCCCCGAGCUGGUCCUCGAGGUGCCCCUGGAGCACCCCACGCUGGAGUGGUUUGCGGCCCUGGGCCUGCGCUGGUACGCCCUCCCGGCGGUGAGCAACAUGCUGCUGGAAAUUGGGGGGCUGGAGUUCCCCGCGGCCCCUUUCAGCGGCUGGUACAUGAGCACUGAGAUCGGCACGCGGAACCUGUGUGACCCGCACCGAUACAACAUCCUGGAGGAUGUGGCCGUCUGCAUGGACUUGGAUACCCGGACCACCUCAUCCCUGUGGAAAGACAAGGCAGCCGUGGAAAUCAACUUGGCCGUGCUGCACAGUUACCAGCUGGCCAAAGUGACCAUUGUGGACCACCAUGCUGCCACGGCCUCCUUCAUGAAGCACCUGGAGAAUGAGCAGAAGGCUAGGGGGGGCUGCCCUGCCGACUGGGCCUGGAUCGUGCCCCCCAUCUCCGGCAGCCUCACCCCUGUGUUCCAUCAGGAGAUGGUCAACUAUGUCCUGUCCCCUGCCUUCCACUAUCAGCCAGACCCGUGGAAGGGAAGUGGGUCCAAGGGUGCCGGCAUCACCAGGAAGAAGACCUUUAAGGAAGUGGCCAAUGCGGUGAAGAUCUCUGCCUCACUCAUGGGCACCGUGAUGGCAAAGCGAGUAAAGGCAACAAUCCUGUAUGGCUCCGAGACCGGCCGGGCCCAGAGCUAUGCACAGCAGCUGGGGAGACUCUUCCGGAAGGCUUUCGAUCCCCGGGUCCUGUGCAUGGAUGAGUAUGAUGUCGUGUCCCUCGAGCAUGAGACGCUAGUGCUGGUCGUGACCAGCACAUUCGGGAAUGGUGAUCCCCCAGAGAAUGGAGAGAGUUUUGCGGCGGCCCUGAUGGAAAUGUCUGGUCCCUACAACAGCUCCCCUCGGCCAGAACAACACAGGAGUUACAAAAUCCGCUUCAACAGUGUCUCCUGCUCAGACCCGCUGGUGUCCUCCUGGAGGCGGAAGAGAAAGGAGUCCAGUAACACAGACAGUGCAGGGGCACUGGGUACCCUCAGGUUCUGUGUGUUCGGGCUGGGCUCCCGGGCGUACCCCCACUUCUGUGCCUUUGCCCGUGCGGUGGACACGCGGCUGGAGGAGCUGGGUGGCGAGCGGCUGCUGCAGCUGGGCCAGGGAGAUGAGCUGUGUGGCCAGGAGGAGGCCUUCCGUGGCUGGGCCCAGGCCGCCUUCCAGGCCUCCUGUGAGACUUUCUGCGUGGGAGAGGACGCCAAGGCUGCCGCCAGGGACAUAUUCAGCGCCAAACGGAGCUGGAAGCGCCAAAGGCCUGAUCCAUGUGCACAGGAGGAAGAUGUUCCAGGCUACCAUCCUCUCAGUCGAAAACCUGCAAAGCAGCAAGUCCACCCGGGCCACGAUCCUGGUGCGCCUGGACACUGGAGGCCAGGAGGGGCUGCAGUACCAGCCGGGGGACCACAUAGGCAUCUGCCCGCCCAACCGACCGGGCCUCGUGGAGGCGCUGCUGAGCCGUGUGGAGGACCCGCCUCCGCCAGGAGAGCCUGUGGCCGUGGAGCAGCUGGAGAAGGGCAGCCCUGGUGGCCCACCCCCCAGCUGGGUUCGGGACCCCCGGCUGCCCCCCUGCACGCUGCGCCAGGCUCUCACCUUCUUCCUGGACAUCACCUCCCCGCCCAGCCCUCAACUCCUUCGACUGCUCAGCACCCUGGCGGAAGAGUCCGGAGAACAGCAGGAGCUGGAGAGCCUCAGCCAGGACCCCCGGCGCUACGAGGAAUGGAAGUGGUUCCGGUGCCCCACGCUGCUGGAGGCGCUGGAACAGUUCCCGUCCGUGGCGCUGCCUGCCCCCCUGCUCCUCACCCAGCUGCCCCUGCUCCAGCCCCGGUACUACUCCGUCAGCUCGGCGCCCAGCGCCCACCCGGGAGAGAUUCACCUCACAGUGGCCGUGCUGGCGUACAGGACCCAGGAUGGACUGGGCCCCCUGCACUAUGGAGUCUGCUCCACAUGGCUGAGCCAGCUGAAGGCCGGAGAUCCUGUACCUUGCUUCAUCAGGGGGUGAGUGAGGAGUUCAGGGACAUCAAAGGAGAGAGUGUCCAUCCAAGCAGGGGUGGACAAAGUGCCCCGGGGACGGCCGGGGACAGACAGAGGAAUCAGCAGGUGGUCGCACAGGGUGAGGGUGGAAGCUUUGGUGACUGGGAGCAGGGAGGACCGACUCAACACGUAUCAAGGAUGGGGUGUCCGCUCAAGCGACUUCAGAACUUCCACGAAGUUUUGGGCGUUUUACUCAUCGGGACUUAGCGUCCUGCCCUGAAGCUUCCCCUCCCAGAGACAGGGCUGGGAUUCGCCCAGCAGCUCCUGCUGCACUUAGGUACACUAUGUCCCCUGCUUAUUUGGCUUUUUUGAAAGUUGUAUUUAUUUGUUUGUUUUUGAGGUUGGGGGGGGGGGGGGUAAGAAUCCCAAAUCCGCAAUGUCAGCGCAGAGCCCAACAUGGGGCUCAAACUCACGAACCGGGAGAUCAUGACCUGAGCCGAAAUCAAGAGUCGGAUGCUUAACCGACUGAGCCACCCAGGCGACCCAUCCCUUGCUACAUCCUCGAGGUCAGUCUGACUGGGGAGGCAGUCAGGCACUUGGGAACUGUGUCCUGUUCCAGGAUUAGUCCUCACUUAGUCCAGGGAGAACUAGUUAAGUUACCAAAGUAUCAGUAAGGACUGGAAGAAAGUUAGUCUUCAGGAUGCCCUUCCUGCGUGCCGUGUUCAGAAGUCUUGCCCCACCCGGCAGCCAGGACCCAAAGUCUCAGGGGGGACUUAAAAGAGUUUCUAGGAUGGGCACCAACUAGGUCCCGUCACCCAAACCCAUCAGGAGGAAUCACACACUGUACCAAUCUACUGAAUACGAUCCAAAUACCCAUAUUAAGGCUAUGACUGAAAAUGAGUGAACUCGUUAUGAGCCAAAAGCUGUCCUUCCCUUCCCAUGUUUUGUAAAUCUCUUAAACUGAGACAUCAGAACAUUCUUCACUUCAAAUUACAUUGUACUUCCUGUGACCCAACCUCCAGAAGCACAGGUCCAGGGAGUUUCUGCCUGCAGGUAGAGUUCUUUCCAUAAACACAUCGUGCUCACUGUGAGCGAGACUGUGUCGAACACACGUGGCAAGUUAUUAUCUCACUUAUCAGUGGAACCUGAGUUCUCUUCUCUGCCCUCAAUGGAAGAUGGUAAGAAUCGGGGGAGCUGGGGAAGCACAGGGGCCGACAGUGUUUCUCCACUAGGGCUCCCUCCUUCCGGCUGCCGCCUGAUCCCAGCUUGCCCUGCAUCCUAGUGGGCCCUGGCACAGGUAUUGCCCCCUUCCGGGGAUUUUGGCAGGAGCGGCUGCACGACAUUGACAGCAAAGGUGAGACUG